UUGUGCAGCUCUCCAUCUUCAUUCAGCAAUUCUUAGCAUUGUCGUCCAGUUCAGCACCGCCAUCUCCCAUCAGCGCUAUCCGAAAGGAUGCGGUACGACGACUGGGACGUCAUCCUCUUCCCCACCGGUCGCGACGCCAAGAUACCCUUCAAGGAGUUCAAGGUUGCCUGCCAUGUCGUGCCGGACCUAGAGCUGGCCCAUAUCCACGGCCCCGUUGGCAUACCCGUCAUGACAUGCUUCGUGCCGAGCCUGCCCCCAGGUGCCGGGUUCCAGAUCUCGCUCCACUGCUGGCGAAGGCCGGAACUCAGCCAAUUCACGCGUACCUACAGCAAGCACACGGACCUUAUCAAGUUUGAGACGCGCGUUCUGAUCGAUGGCCGACUGGUUGCGUCCACCAUUCUUGACCGCGACGUCAACGGGCCCCAUUUGAUCACCACCACCUGCGAGUUCACCAAAACAGGCGAGCUCGAUCGUCUCCGGUUCCCACACUUUCGCCGCGAACUUCUCUUCCAGAACCACUGGAGACCGGGCGAUGAAAUCGGCCGCAUCAAGAUCAUCAUUACUGAAGGGUUUCCGCGGGACUCUCUCUCGGCCCCGAUCGAGCGAGUCAAGAACAUCGUGGCCUUCUCCUUCCAGCAUGCUCCGUUGGAGAUUCUCGAGAACAAUGGCAUCGCGUGGCCAAACCAGUCCAUGUGGCAAUGCUCGCCCUUCAACUCGGUGAUGCCCGUACCGACGUAUCAUCUAGAAGAAGGUCCGAGUUCACACACGCAUUCCCCUGGCAAGAAGUCGCAGCCCCUGAGGAACAUCAAGAACCAGAGCUUCCCGGCUCCAAUCAUGACCAACAUGGCCUUCCAGCCCCAAGUAGACAGCGACUUGCUCGGCAACGCAGCUUCGCAGAUAGGGUAUUUUGAUUCAAGCAGUUUCGGAUCCGGCAGUGCGACGCCGUGCUCUGACCCUUUUAUGGACGCGGCGUAUCUUGAUUGGGCAAACUCUCUGACGAACGACCAGCUGAGCGACUCAUGGGACGGACAAACAAUGUAUCCUGCGAGCGCACGGAGCCAGCGGCAAAACACGUCCGACACUAUCAUGCCGGAUUACAUUCCGCCACACCCGUCGGAUCCCAUGCAUGUAUCAGGACCCAGCUUGGACGACGAGCCGAUGACACUGAAGGUCCCAACGAACACACCCACUAGAGCGAUCGCGGAGGAGAGCCAGGACAAGUACCCCAGCGUGCCCGAGCCAAAGGGUCUACCCCCUCACUUCACCUCGUCUCUCGCGCGGUCGCUCCUCAACCAGCCUUUUCCGCUUCCUGUCCAUCACCACCACACGGGUGGCCCGGCGGCGGAGGUUAAGCCCACCAAUCAUAACCAGCAUGCAAUUUCUACUCAGAGCAACAACUUCUUGCACGCAACAGGUCAUACCAACACCACCGUAGCCCACAAAGCCUCCCAGCCCAAGUUUAGUGACGGCGCUGGCGAAGUUCCCGGUCCCGUCCUAGCGUCUUCGGAGCCCGCUUGUGGCGAGUUUGGAUCCAUGAUUGCGAGCCUUGGAUGCAACAAUAGCGACUCCUCGUUGGCAACACCCACCAGCUCCGGCCAGGAGGGGCUGAACGCUGGCAGCGGCCGGAACGGCGGAGGCAAGGGAGGCGGCAGCGGCUGCGGGAACACGGCCACAAAACGCCCGCGGAACUUUACACCGGCAUCGGUCAGGGCCAUCGACCAGGAGGAUGAGCCGCGCCGGAUGAGUCCAUACGUGCGAGAUGCUGGGUUUGGUGUAACUGAUCUCCUUGGCGACGUCGGCGCUUGAGCAUUCUUACGAUGCUGCCUGGCAUCCACCGUCCAAGGUAUUCUGGACCUUUUCGUAAGGUAUUGAACAUGGUGUAUGGGGUGAGUUGUUAGGGGCAUGGCUAGGUCUUUUUGUCGAGCAUCGUUCUUGGCUCUCACUUGCCAUCCAGUCGGGCUUCUCGACGCAUUGUGUAGCGCAACAAAAGUUUUCUUACCUUGUUGCGUUGACUGUCUCAUACGAGGGCUCUAUGCGCAUGUAGUGUAUAAAAUGAGUCU